UGACCAAGUAAGGAAGGACAAGGAGGCUAAAUUUAGCCUCCUCUGGAGAUCUAUGCUCCGAAACAUUUGUUGUAGUAUUUGCGUAGGUUACUAGCCGCAGCAAGCAGCUUGGAUCAACUUAAAAACUUUGGUCGCAGAAGCACAUUUUGGAAUCCUUUCUUUUACAUUACCUGAUCACUUGAGAAUUGAUAGUGCACUGUGGUGUCAAACUCCAUUUGGUUGCUCCUUUACAUCAGCAGCUAUCUUAAUGCAGAGGAAAAUUUAAGGGGUGACAGGAACGAACUAUGACUGGAUGUGUCUGAAACUGAGUGGAAGAGAUUUUAUUGACAUGGAACUGGAGAUUACGUGGCCUGUAAAAAUGAGCCUGGUGGACAUCACCAAGAUAUUUUCCAUGCUCCAGCCAAAAGAUGAAGAAAUUGACAAUGGGGAAAUAACUCAGCUGAAUCAAGCAGUUUCUAAUGAUGAUGACAAACUGUUAGCUGAACUUUUAUCCCAGGAGAGGUAUGCAAGAUUUAUUAAUAGCCGGAGUGGCUGGGGUGUCCCGGGAACCCCUCUUCGUCUAGCGGCCAUGAGAGGACAUCUAAAAUGUCUGGAGAUUCUGCUAGAUCAUGGUGCUGAGGUGGAUAGUCUGGAUGUGAAGGCGCAAACCCCUUUAUUCACUGCUGUUAGUGGUAGGCAUUUGGACUGUGUCCAGGCCUUGCUUAGGGCUGGAGCUAAUCCCAACGGUAGUAUAUAUAACAACAGCUCACCCAUUCUGGUUGCAGCCAGAGAAGGGGAAGUGGAGAUUUUGAAGGAACUGUUGGAACAUGGAGCAGAAGUCAAUGUCCGUUCCAAAGCACCAGAAUGGGCCUCCAAUCCUUGUGCAUGUAGUGGUCCCCUGUACCUCUCCUUGGUGUAUGGGCACUUUGACUGCUUUCGCCUUCUUCUUUUGUAUGGAGCCAACCCAGAUUUUAACUGCACUGAGGAGAGACUGCUGUCACGAAUUAAGCCACGAAAGACUGCAUUGGAGAUGUGUUUCAGAUAUGGCUGUGGGAUUGAAUAUGUCCAACUGCUGAUAGACUUUGGAGCAAAUGUUUAUUUACCAGAUCUCACUGCAAAUAAAAAUAUAAACCAAAAUGAAGUAUUUGAACUUUUAAACCGAGCCAGAGCUCAACCAAGAUGUUUGAUGUCACUAGCCAGGAUAACCAUCCGCAAAUAUCUGAAAGAGCAGAGCAGACUACAUUCCAUUGACCAGCUGGACAUACCACCAGUCCUAAAAAACUAUGUAAAACAUCAUGUCUGAGCUGACACUCAAGGCACUGCUGGUUUACGUGACAUGUGUUCUGUAGCUUUGAGAUAUAUUGGGCCAAAGCUGAUCUUGAUCAUGUCAUUUUUAUGACCUUAAAAUAGUCAGAUCUUACCUGUAAGAGAGUGAGACACUCUCAGUCUCAAAUAGUUAUGAAAUAGUAAUGGUUUUGUGUUAUAUUGUAAAGUUCAUUUUCUGCCUCUCAGAAAGCCGAAGAAAGUUCAGGGUUUACUCAUCUUUUAGCACCAACAUGCAUGUAUGUAAUGUACUAAAUUAUUGUAUAAAACUAUUUCUUGAACUGCUUAAAAGUAAGCCUUUAUUAAACAGUGGACUUUUACAAUGCAAUGAUUCAUAAAACAAUUUGUUAUAAAAGAAAUGACAUAAAUUUCAACAGACUCCUACAAAUUCAAUCCCGCAUCACUGUUAAUUUCAGCACAAUGCAAUUCAAAUGCACUAUCAGCAGAGAGAAAUGUAGUAACAAUAAUUUCCAGGACAUAUCAUGUUACAUGGAAAUUCAUGCAGGCACUUCAUAGUGUGAUUAGCAUAUGUGCGUUUGAUCUGCGCAGAGUUGUCAGGGAAAUCAUUUCACAUUGAUUCAGGACCAGCAAACCUUGGCUACUUUCAGAACAACUGUGUUUUCACUGUGCAGCUCCGAGUAGUCAGUUAGGUAAAUACUACACCAUCCAUCAACCUUCUGCAUGCUACUCCAUGUUCCUCAUCCUAAAUAGUACUGCUGACCUCCCACAACACAAGAAAAUCUGAGCAGGCGUAGGCCACCAGACCCCUUAAACCUGUUACACCAUUCAAUACGCUGGCCUCAACUCUUCUUCUGUGCAGUACCUGAAAUUCUGCAAUUCCUCAAUCUUUCGAAUAUCAAUCUAUUUCCAAUUUAACAACAUCGAAUGAUCGGGCCUCCAUUACCUUGGGGUGGGGGGGGGGGGUGGCGUGCAGAAAAGAAUUUCGGUCAUUCAUUACCUACUGAAUUUAAAAGAAUUCUACAGGUCAUUAUUUGUAGCUCUGCCCUCUUGUUCGUGAUUCUCCCACUAAAGAAAACCUCACAAUGUUUAUCAUGUCAAACCCCUUUAGAAUUCUAUAUACUUGAAUAAAGUGACCCUACAUUCUUCUAAACUCCAAGAUAGACAGAGUCCAAAAGGACCAGCCCCCUUGAUAGGAUAACCCUCUCAUCCCAAGAAUUAGCCUGCCUCCAAUACUACCAUAUCCUUUACUUAGGUGAAGGGGAGCAAAACUGUGCACAAUAUUUCUGGUAUGGUCUCAUCCUGUACAAAGUUAACAACCUGUCUAUCCUUAAAGUCCAAUGUUUUUGCAAUAAAGGCCAACUACUGUUUGCUUUCUUCACUGCUUGUUGGGCCCGUCUGCCAAUAUUUUAUGCUUCAUGCCCUAGAACACCUAGAUCCCUCCGAACUUCAAUUAUUUGCAGUCUGUCACCACUUAGAUGAUAAUUUGCGUUUUGUUCUCUCUUCCUGAAGCACACUUCCUUCCAACACUUUGAUCCUGAAUGCUGCACCCUAUUCUUAAUUGGCCAUGGACACAACUGUCUAUUCCUCCAAUUGGUAACAGACUUUGUUUCACUGAACUUGCCCCGACAUAUCGCCCAAGCCUUUGAAACCCUGAGGCCUCAAUGAAAAUCUCAAUCUCCAUUUUUCCUGAUUCAAUUUCAUGACUGGUGAUCCAAAUCAGCACCUCAAGACAGUAUUGAUUGAAUUAAUCUGACAUCCCAGACUCCAGUUAGCACUCCAUUUGUAGUAUCCAAAGGAUUAGCUGCAUUGCUGCCUCUGUAGUAUUCAACACUCUACAAUUCCUAAACCACAGUAUAUUUAAGUAGUCAGCUAGUUCAUGAAUGAUUUACUUGAUAAAAUUAAGUAUAUCAAGUAAACAAAAAGAAGGCUCAAACUCCAUUUUCUGUCAUAUUCAUUGAUUUGUUACACAUACGUGUGAACCGAGUUGUGAUGGUUUGUCUAGGUUUCCAUGUGAAGACCCUUGCUCAGAACUAAGAUUUCUUUGGUGGCCCACAGAUCAAUUCACAAUCCAAAGGCAGAAAACAAAAAAGGGCAUACAUUGAAAUAAAUACAGUCCCUUUUACAUUAAAAUAUUUACAGUUUGUGCCAUAGAA